UCUAUAAAAACAAAUCGAAAACGAAAAAAUCAGUUACAGUGUUAACAGUUAAACAAAAUGUCAACUCUUUAAAUCAGUUAAACCACGACGUUAAAACGGUGAUAAGCAAAAGAAACUGAUAUUGAUUAUCAUUAUUGUAUCAUCAAUUUGACAUAAUCAUCAUUUGAAUAAGAGUGUCUCCAGGAGUGUGUUAUAAAAGGAAAUAAAUAAAUUUAAAAAAAAAAAUUAAAAAUUACAAAAAUGCCAAUUGAUAUUCCUGCAUUUGCUUAUGCCGCGACUGUUGCCGGUGGUGGUAUUUUAGGUUACGUAAAAUCACAUUCUAUUCCGUCACUUGCUGCUGGAUUGAUUUUUGGAUCUGCACUUAGCUAUGGAGCUUUUCAAACAUCUGUGGAUCCAACCAACAUUGGAGUUUUAUUAGGAACAACUACAACGUUAGGUGGUCUUAUGGGAUAUCGUUUUUAUAACACUGGAAAGAUUAUACCAGCUGGAGUGAUAACAAUAUUGAGCGCUGCAAUGAUAGUAAGGAUAAUCACAAGAUAUUUUUCACCACCUGUAAAGGCAGAUUAAACUAUAAGCAUUCAACAGA